AUGGACCAAUCUAAAUAUUAUCCUGCCCACAUCUUAACUUAACUUAUUAUCUGGUAUCUAAGGUGUCUAGUGCCGCAAUCCCACGUGGGGAAAUAUGGCUAAAUUGGUGACGUCACGGAGCCAUCUUGGAAUCGCGGUGGUCAGCCCAACCGGCCAAGUCUUCUAUCAACGCUAGUCUCCAGCCGCCUGCACGUCUCACCCUGCGCGUUGCUGUCACUCGCCCUGACUCAGCUCCUGCGCGUGUUCCGCCUAAGGGUCAUCUUCCCGUGGAGAUGUGCUGAGAGGUAAAACCCUGAGCCUCUUGAAUGCACUGAGGAGUUGUUCCUUUGGUUAUCCCCAAAGUUAAACAGCUAUUGCUGUGCAGAAGUUCUCGAGAAAACCCAACCCCAUAAAUAAAAUUCCAUGAGGGAAUGAGCUAAUUCCUCUCGACCCGAAUGCCAUUUUAUUUAUAUCCUGCCCACAUCAAAUCAUUAAUCAAAGAUUUACAGAAUUCGCAUGAUACAUCUGAUGUCCUUAAGAGUUAUAUUCCUCAUCUCUCUUCAGAUACAUCAUUAUAUUAUAUUUUCCUCAAUUUGGGUUAUUUGCCUCAUCAAGGUGCCUUUAAUAAACCUUUGACUGUGAUCGAUGUGAUAGCCCAAAUCACAUCAGAAUACCAAGAUCCAAUGCAGGAUGAGCUUGGAUCUAUAACUCCUAGCAGUAGCCAAUAUUCACCGAAACCGUGGGACAUUUCACGAGGGGUUAGAGAGGAAUUUUUAAAAACUUUUUAUGAAAAUCGUAUCUAUGACAUAUCUGAAGCAUAUGAUUUAGGGCUGAGAAAUUACGAUGAAAGUGAUCCUCUUGACUUUGAAGACAAUUCUUUAAGUUCUAUGUGGACAAGCACUCCUUGUAUGACCCCAGUCCCAGUUUAUAAGCCUACUAUAGCUAGCACCCCACUUUCUCCAAAAGUGCCUUAUUCAGAACAAAGCACCCCUAGAAUGGGGAAAGGCUUAAAAAUGUUAAGUGUAAGAGUAAAGGAUAUAAUAUCUCGGAAUGGAUUUAGUUCUUACAAAGAAGUUGCAGAUGAGCUGAUUUUAGAGCUUAACAGAGCAGAAGGUUUUAAUUCAGAUAAGGAUGGAAAAAAUAUUUUAAGAAGAGUGUAUGAUGCACUUAAUGUUUUAAUAGCAUCUGACGUAUUGCGUAAAGAAGGAAAAAGGUACUUUUGGAAAGGUAUGAAAAGUGUUGUUAUUCCAAAUGAAAAUUUUAAAAUUAAAAACAGCUUGGAUGAAGCUAAAAAAAGAAUUGAAACUAGAUUUCCUUCUUAAUGGAGAGAAAUAGAAAAAUAAAAUAUGAGUUUAACAUAUAUUAUGCACUCUUAUUGCAUACAGCAAAAAAUAGUAUUGUAAAAUAAUUUCCAUUUUUCAAAAAUUUUAGCAAAAUAUUAGAAUUUAGGCAAUAUUAUAAGAGUAAGAAAAAAUCACUUAAACAGCUCUCAUACAAAUAUCUUUCAAUAAAAUCACUUAUAAACAGAAACAAAAAAUUUAUAAUGAGUCGUGAAAUAAUUCGCUUCCCAUUCAUUAUAGUAGCUACAGAAGAAGAAAAAGCAAAAAAUGUAAACUUUAUAUAGAUUCAUAUAGACUGUAGUAAAGGCAACACAGAAGUUUCAAUAAAGCUUCAGAAAAAAUAUUACUGUUUUGAGGAUUCUGAUAUUCUAAUGAAGCUAAAUUUCCAUGAAACAGCUUUGAAGAAUUUUGAAAUUCCAGAUGAAGUAUUAAAUCUUCUUGGUAUAAAGAAACCAAUGAAAUUUGUUAAAAAAAUAAUUUUGUAA